AUGAGGAAUCACACUUUGGCUUCCAGUAGCGGAUGCUCUGGGCCAUCAGAAACGUCCCCUUUGCUCGGCGAUAGGGAAGCCUCCAAAACGCCAACCAGAAAGUCCAUUACCGAAGCACAAGAUGAGGAAACAGUAGAUCAGAAUGGGACCGAUGCUGCUCGCGAAGCCCAGUUCAGAGGCCUCCCUGACGCACAGAACCAACUGAAAUAUAUCGUGCCAGCGAUUUCCAUUGGGGUGUUCCUUGGCGCAGCGGAUCAAACGAUCAUUGUGUCCAGCUAUGGAAAGAUUGGAAGUGACCUGCAGGCGUUGAAUCUGACGAGCUGGAUUGCAACCUCAUAUUUCCUGACCCUGACCUCCUUCCAGCCGCUCUAUGGCCGUCUUAGUGACAUAUUCGGCCGUAAAGCAUGUCUUCUAUUUGCGUAUUCUGUUUUCGGGAUUGGGUGCGUGGGUUGUGGACUUGCGAGGAACAUUGGAGAGUUGAUUGCUGCGAGGGUGUUCCAAGGUCUUGGUGGCGGGGGAAUGUCAACUGUUGUGAGCAUUAUUAUGAGCGACCUUGUUCCCCUUCGUGAUCGAGGAGUCUGGCAAGGUAUCAUCAAUAUCAUAUGGGCUAGUGGGAGUGCGGUUGGAGCACCUCUAGGCGGCAUUUUGGCUGAUUACAUUGGCUGGCGCUGGUCGUUUCUCCUGCAGGGACCAUUAUGUCUGUUGGCUUUUAUAACUGUUUCAUUCACAUUACACCUCCCUGUGCAAGAUAAAUCUCAUUGGCGGCAAAAGCUCCGCCGGAUAGAUUUUCUCGGAGCAUUAGUACUGGUUGGCGCAGUGUUCUCCUUCCUCCUUGGAGCAGAUAGGGGCAGUAAUGUCUCAUGGUCUAUACCAAUAACCAUCGUGUCGUUAUCACUGGCAAUCGUUCUCUUUGCCGUUUUCCUCUGCGUUGAAGUUUGGGUAGCGUCUGAACCUUUCGCACCGAGCCAUAUUAUUUUUGAUCGGAGCUUAUCUGCCUGCUACGGAUGCAACUUUUUCAGUUUUGCCGGAUAUAUGGGUGUUCUUUUCUACUUCCCACUAUAUUUCCAGGCUACAGACGGUGUCUCUGCCACUGGAGCAGGUAUCAGGCUUCUUCCCUCCAUCAUAGCUGGUGUCUCCGGUUCAUUGUUUGGCGGCAUCGUAAUGAAAAGGACCGGUAAAUAUUUCUGGAUCACCUUCGUAUCCUAUGUCCUUCUAACUGUCGGAGUUGCCGCAAUAUUCCUCUGGUCUGGUGGUUUGGUUCGAAACAUUGUCGGAAUUCUUAUUGGCAUAACUAUAGCUGCAUUUGGAAGUGGAAUUGGAAUCACCACUACGCUGAUUGCAUUGAUCGCGUGCGCAUCUCCACAGGAUCAAGCAGUAGCAACCGCAUGCUCUUAUCUUUUCCGAUCACUAGGCUCCGUAAUUGGGCUUUCAUUUGCAUCUACAGUGGUCCAACAGUCUCUGCGAACGGGUCUGCGGUCUGCUCUCGACAACAAUAAGGAUGUCGAUAAGAUUGUUAACGGCGUACGCCAAAGUUUGGACUAUAUCAAUACUCUGGAUCCGCAGACCAGAGAAAUCGUGCGAAAUUGCUAUGGAAUGGCCACGAACCAUGCAUUCGGCCUUUCGAUCAUUGUUGUCUUUUUUACGACGCUCAGUGCCCUUUUCAUCCGGGAAAAGGCUCUUAGCCGUUGA